GAGGCUGGACUCAAAGUCGCUGCGGUUGAAGUACCCAGCACUGAUCAGAAUGAGAGAAGAACUAGAGAUGGUGACUUUUUUUAUCCUUUUCAUCUUUGUAGAGAUUUUUUUUUUCGAAUGCUCGAGACUGAAUUAACAUUGCUUCUAGGUAAGUGGACGUUGCGUCAGCUGAGACAAACUGAUGCUAUCGUACCAUUACAGAGUGGAACCAAUCAGUUCGAUUCGCAAAGAGUAAGUUCCUUUUUUUCACUUUGCAGCUAA